CUUUCGCCUCAGAUGAGCACCCAGCUGAAGGAGCUCAACUUCGCCUUCAACGCCCCUCAAUUCCAGCGGGACGAAAUCAUUAUGCCGGCUCUGCGUCACUUUCACCAAGUACAUGGCCACACUGACGUCCCCACCGUCUUCUUCGUCCCGGAUGGCGACGACGCGUGGCCACGGAUGGCU